AUGGACCCAAUCGAAGCUGGAGCUCCCCGAUCUCCUUCGGACAACAUCGCCUCAAUCCCGUCGGCAACUCCGCGACGGCAUCUGAAGAGGAAUUCGGCAGCAUGCGAACGCUGCCGAAGGCGGAAGCAAAAGUGUGAUGGGAGAUUGCCGUCUUGCGGACCCUGUCUCUUGGUCCAAGCUAGAUGCAUCCCCUCCGAUAGACUAGUCAUCCGCCCGGAUCCUAAUUGUCAAUGUGAAGCGCUGAAGCAAAAGGUGCAGGACCUUGAGGGUCAGUUGGAGGCAUUGCGCGCCGAGAGAAGCAAUGAAUCCCGCGGCUGCCUGGAACCAUCUCAAGACUUUCCCCAAGAGUGCGGCUCGUCUGUCGUCGACCAUGACGAUCAUGUGUACCGCGGUCGCAUACUUCGUCCUACCUUCUCAGGCUCGAUCUUGGAACCCGCCUUGCGAGGCAGCCCCUGGCAGCUCUGGGCCGCCGACCAAGACAGUCAAUCGUCCCCCACCCCGGUGGACCUCAUCGGCGGUCUUCCUGCUGUCCAGUCUGAAGGUCUAGUCGAGAUAUUCUUUACAAAUCGAUGGCCGCAGCUACCAGUUCUUCACAAGCCAAGUUUUAUCGAAAAUGAUUUCCUUCCCCUGACAAAAGGCGAGCCGGGCCGUCCACUGUCACCUUUCCGAGUCUACAUGGUGCUUGCGAUAGCAAGUGCCGAGACAAGCAACUUCAGGGGAGCACAGCAGCAGCAUAAUUCGCACAAUAGUUUCUUCCAGACAGCCAUCAGGGACCUUGAUUUGGUGUUGGGAGCUGAUGACCUGGAUUGCAUCCAGUGCUUGCUCCUCCUCUGUCUUUAUGGAGCAAAUGAACCCCAGUCAGUCAAUAUGUGGUAUACGCUUGGGCUGGCCCUUCGCAUUGGGCUGGGAAUCGACCUUCAUCGGGAGGAAAGCUCAAAUGCCAGCCAGAGUCUGCUAUCCCAGCAAAUGGCUCGGCGUCUCUUCUGGUGCAUCUACACUAUGGAUCGAAGCAUGUCUAUAGCAAUGGGUAGACCUCUGAGCAUCAACGACUCGGAUAUCACUGUGCCUUUCCCACUGCAGCUUACCGAUGAGCAACUCUGUCACCCGGAGGCGGCCCCCAACAUGGUGCAAGAUCCUAGAGACAUGUCGACCUUCUUGCAUGUCAUCAAGCUCCGACAGAUCAAUGCUGCCAUCUAUGUUUCGCUGCAUGCAGCGUCGGGCAACACCACCAAAGAUUACGACAGUCUAGAUGCCGUCCGACAGGCUCAUUACACCAGUCUCAACACAUGGCUGGUAACAGCACCGCGCUACGGACCAGAGACUUUUGCGAGGCGUGUCGAAUGGGCGUUCUGUUGGUGA